CGAUCUUGUUGCAUCCACACCAUCACAGAUCGUCAUCAUCAUGAAGCCACAACUCAGCGCCCUCUUCCUGUGCGUGGGCUUCUUGUCCACCCUGGGAGCCGCCACCCAGAGCAGUGCGACGCAGAACCUCACUGGCGCCGCAUUAAGCAGCAAUGCGGUAUUUUACAAUGACACUUUAAUCCGAAUGAUUGCUUCGCCGACGGAUGUCGCCAACUUCACGAUCCCCGCCACGUUCCCCAAGGACGCCGAAGAUGGAGACGUCAUCCUGGUCGCUGUCGACAUGGAGAUUUCGAAUCCCAACGAGAGUUUCGACCCACGUUCUGGCAAAGCUCCGCGCUCCGAUCUGAAAAAAUCCCAGCUCUGUCAGAUGAGCGUCGCCCUGAACAACACCAUUGUCUGGGUCGGCAAGUUGUUGCCCACGUUUUCGGUCCUCGAAAUCGACUCCAAGAAGGCCUUCAACUACACCGACGGACUCGAAGGCAUAUAUCUAUCCGUCGAGCAGAAAUGCCCUUCCCUCCCGGCCGAGUUUUUGAUCCACGACGUAUCCUUGUUUAUCCAGGUCCCGGUCUCUAUGGUCAACGAGUCCGAUACUACUACCACUUCGGAAUUGCCGACAGUCACUACGAACUCUUCAGCGAACUCGAUACAAAGUUCCUCCCUCUCAGCUUUGAUCGGCAUCUAUGGUUCGCUGGCAGCAUGGUGGUUGUUGACUAAUGUCUGAUGCUGGUGUUGAGUGUUCCAAUAGGACAUCCAUCCGCUCAAUCAGUAUACGAUGCUCAGUUUCACAACCAUCACCGGAUGGAACAACACUGGUCUGUGGCUCGAGGCCUUUUAGCCGCGCCGUGGUUUUCGCACGACGUUUCGAAACCACGCAUCAUCUCCCUUUCGGGAUGC